AUGUACAUCUACGACCUAGCCACAACGGGAAGAAUCUCAUUCUCCGACUUUCUCGUUACAACUGAUCUCGUUUCACAGGUUUCACAAACUACACAAUUGCGAGCACGACUUGGAGCGGUAUUGAAGGAAAAUCGUGCUGCCACUUCCAUCCUCUUCUCCUCCUCUGCUACUUCAUCUAGUCAAUCAGAGUGUAAGGAUGGAGCCGUUGGAAAUACGGAUUGGUUGUCGAUCAUUAAAAGAAUCGAAGAAUAUCUACCGCAUCUACUAGGAGUGUUCAACUCGGUUCAAACGGAUGAUCUCCUCCUUCGAUACGAGCCAGUCUUUUCUUGGCGUACAUGGAUAUCUUGCUCCCGUUUGGGUGGUGCAGGCCGAAUGCAACUUCCUGGCUUGUAUUACGAACUUGCAUCGACGCUGCUAACGUAUUCGCUUACUUUAUCCAACUUGGCUGCUUCUGCAGUAGAUGGUUUAGGCUCCUUCGAAACAAAUCGCUCGCUUUCUUGGCAACAAAGAAAAGACAAGGAUGAUAAACUACGAUGGGCAGCAGACACUCUCUGUCGUGCUUCAGGUAUCCUUUUAUUGCUCAGCACAGAGUUGUUACCAAAAUGGAAAGUCUCGGUAGGAUCAGUGGAAGUUUUGCCACCAGAUUUGACUCAAGAAGCAACGUUGGCGUUGAGCAAAGUUUGUUUGGCAGAAGCACAGGCAUUGGCAAUUCGUAAGUUAGUAUCUCCCAGUCUCGCUUCAAGUGUCGAUAGAGUUACUCCAGGACCACCCUUGCAGAAGGGUCAUCCGAGUGCAAGUUUGUUGGCCAAGUUACAUUUGUCUGUCGUGGAGGAGAUGGAGGCUUCUUUGGCUUUGAUGCGGACUGUGCGGGAAAGAGGUAGAUCCAAAGCCAAAAAGGCUGGUGUAGGGGGGAGGAAGGCCGCGGGAGCGGGAGGAGGGGGAGAGGCCGGGUUAAGUGCCAAUUAUGAACAUGAAUUGUCCAGUCGGAUAAGUGAGACUAAUGAUGCGAUCGCUCGUAUGGGUCUUGGUGAUGCCGAGGAAGGUGGUGCGGGAGGAGGAGGAGGGGGAGGUGGGGUAGGGAAGAGAAAGCUCUUUGGCAAAUUCAAGUUGGGCCACAAAGGAAAGAACGAUGCCCCAUCACCAUCACCAUCUCCAUCACCAUCACCAGCAGGAGGGGGAGGAAGAGGGGGAGCGGGAGGAGGGGGAGCGGGGUUCUAUUCCGCCCCAUCAACCACCACCAGCUCUAAUUCGGAACUCGAAAUCACCUCCUCCCUGCUAAAAUACCUCUCCUUCUCCUCACAAUUCCAUCGAGCAAUAGCCUACAAAUGGCUCGGUAUCGAUGCCGCUGAAUCCUCCAACAAAAUCGGCACUGCUAUCACCUUGCUUUCCCUCUCGACCUCGAUUCUUUCCUCCGCUACCCUGCGCAACCUCACCUCCUCUUUAUGCAACAUUUCCAUCUCUUCCUCCACCCUCCUCCCAACCAAAAAGCGCGGGAAAACAGGUGACCGCGGAGUAGUGGACCAAGAACUCGCCACCGUCGAACACUGGUUACAAAGCUACAAAAAGCUCAACGAUACAGUGUCCUUCCAACCAAUCCCGCCAGCAGCUGAAGUGCAAGCCAAAGUUCCAGCGGGAAGGGCAGCUCUGUUGGUCAAGAAAUAUAGUUUGCCGAGUCCAGAGUGGGGUCCCGGUAGCCAAGGGUAUAGGGGAAGAGGUGGGGAAGGCUUGAGUAGAGAGGAGAUGCAUUUGUUGGGUGACCAACAUCCUGCGAGACGCAACUUGGUGGGCAUGGAUGGUGGUGGCAGUGGGGAGGCGACAAGUGGUGAUGGGGGAGGCGGGAGGGUUGCCUAUGCUGGUCAAGGAGCUUAUUAUUGA